CGAAUAUUUCCCCUUUUCCGCCGGCAGGAGAGGCGGUUCCCCCCUCUCUCCACGGCCCAUUGAAAGUAGGCAUUCGGUCUUCUUUCUCAGAGCUCGAACGAGUCGAAGCCAUGUCAAAACUGGCAUCCGAUUCCCACAGCAGCACAGCAGCCGUUCAGGCUACCAACGAUGACGCAUCUGCCAGCAAGCUAUCCUGUGUUAACAAGGGAUACAUGAAGGAUAGUUACAUACACUUUUUUGUGAGAAGACCUGUAAAGAGAUCUCCAAUUAUCAAUCGCGGAUACUAUGCUCGUUGGGCUGCUCUUCGAAAGCUUCUCCUUCAGUUUCUCAAGUCUGAAAGACAUGGUGAGGACAGAAACAUAAAGAAACAGAUAUUAUCUCUUGGAGCUGGCUUUGAUACAACCUAUUUUCAGUUGCAGGAAGAAGGGAUUGCACCACAUCUAUAUGUGGAACUGGACUUUAAGGAGGUGACCAGUAAGAAGGCAGCUCUCAUAGACUCCAGUCAGUUGAAGGAUAAGGUUGGACAAGCCGCAUCCAUUUCUCGAGAAAGAGGGGAAGUACUGAGUGAUCAUUACAAACUACUUCCUGUCGAUCUUCGUGAGAUUCAAAAAUUAGAUAAUGUUAUAGCUCUGGCAGAGUUGGAUCCCUGCUUGCCAACAUUUAUAAUUGCAGAAUGCGUUCUAAUAUACUUGGAUCCAGAUUCAAGUCGUGCUAUAGUUGAGUGGGCUUCAAGAACAUUCUCUACUGCAGUAUUUUUCUUAUAUGAGCAGAUCCAUCCAGAUGAUGCUUUUGGUGAGCAGAUGAUCAGAAAUUUAGAGAGUCGAGGCUGCCCUCUCUUAAGCAUACAUGCUACACCAACUUUACAAGCUAAGGAAAGACUAUUUCUUGACCAGGGUUGGCAGAAAGCUGUUGCUUGGGAUAUGCUUCAAAUUUACAAUAAUUCCAUUGAUACUCGAGAAAAACGCAGGGUUGAACGGUUGGAAUUGUUCGACGAAUUUGAAGAGUGGCACAUGAUGCAGGAACACUACUGCGUGGCCUAUGCAAUAAACGACGCAAUGGGAUUGUUCCAGUAUAUUGGAUUCUCCAACGACCAGCACGUGCUCGUUCCAUCUCCACAGCUUCCUCAGGAAAGUGAGGCCUGCUGAGGCCUCUCCUUUAUAAAUCCAAUUCUAGUUAGUUUAACCAGCUAAGUAAUUGUCAUUCGUAACAAUUAUAACGAGUUCUUUUCUAUUCCUGGAUGAAUUUGUAUACUGUACACACACGUCCGUUCUAAUGAACCGUGUGGAUUAUCAGAACCGUGCAACAGGUGUGGCCCACAGAUCUAGCGGGCUGCAUGGAGAAAAAAAAAUAGACAGCUAAGAAAAGCUGUGGCGAUGGUUGAUCUACUGGUGGGCACAUUUGGGCGGGUGUGGUAUUCACAUUGAACAGACCUUACUAUCUUGUUUGGUGUACUAAAUUGGGGAAAAAAAAUAAUCCAAAGAGAAGAUGAUGGACACGUGUCGGUACAUGUGGGCAUCAAGGAAAGGUUGAUGGCUGGGUUCCAAAAGCCAGCGGAGAGAGAGAGAGAGAGAGAGAGAGAGAGAGAGAGAGAGCCUUUUGAAUGGAAAUGCUAGCUGGUUAGCAAAAUAACUGGGUGGGGCCCAGGAAGGAAAAAUUCUCUUUCCUUCGUUGCUUUUUAUCAUCUCCUUUUGAUGUGGGAUAGACGUGUUAUUGACUUGAAGACUCCAUUGCUUGUACGUUUGUUGUUGAUGAGAAUGGCGAAUUAGACAGAAAGGCCCUUGCUAAAUAUUAUUUUUAUUAAUGAGUCCA